AGGAACUAUCACCUGUCAAAGAGUGGCACAUGAGGAGUGGGCGACGAAGUGAUCUAGUUUCCAAGAGGACAUCUCAGUAUCAUCUUUUCAGCAGCAGACAGGCCCACAAGGCUCCUACAGCCACCUCCCAAGGCAUUUCUCAUGGGCCUGUUUUAUAUGAGUGCAUCCAGCAGAUGGCAUUAGAAUUCUUAGACUUCAGAUCCACUGUUUGCCCAGUAGAAAUACCAUGUUUUUAUUGAUAGACCACGAGCAGAUCUUCCAGCCUCAGAUCUAUAAUUACAAAAGGACCCAGGUUCAAUGACCUGUAAAGGCCAUUUCAGCACCCCCAUUCUGUCUGUCUCCAAGCCUUCACCUUAGGUAAGAACUUUGGCUUUCCAAAAAAAAAAAGAACUUUCGCUUUCAUUCACCUCUCAGGGUGCUCUGACUCUUUACAGCUGAAGGCCCCUCUUGUCUGAGAUAGACAGUAUUACUUAGCAGUAUGCGUGCUCUAACAACAUGAGUGACAUCAAGAGUAACCGAGAACUGUACCUGCAGUACAAAUCCAAGGCCCCUAAGCUGCUGGCCAACAUUUCCAAAUUACUCCUCAUGUGCCGGAACACAGGCAUUGCUAUACCUAAGGGCAUCAGAAACAUCUUUGAGUUCACUUGGGAGGAGCUCAUCACUGACCCUAUGGUGCCUACCCCGUCUGACAUCCGGGGCCUGGAGAUCAGCUUUGGGACUCCACCCGUGGUGCCUAUGGAAUCAACCACUGUGCAGAUCCACAUCCAGAAGAAGCCGCCAUCACCACCAGUACCACCACCACUGAUGUUACCCACUGGGUCAGGCAAGUUCACCACCCGUGGUCAUUGGGUGCACACCAGCCAGGAGACCCUGUACAAGUUCCAGCGGCGGUCCAUCCACUUGCUGACUGAGCUGCUCACCCUGAAGAUGAAGGCCAUGCUGGAGUCUGUUUCUGGUGCCAACCCCUUGGACAUCACAAGGCGCUUUGUGGAGGCCAGCCAGCUCCUCCACCUCAAUGCCAAAGAGAUGGCUUUUGACUCCCUGGUUGGCACAUUCGGGAGAAGUUGCUUUGGUGCUGGACUGAUGGGGAAAGAACCCUUCCUGAGCACCUCAAUAAUGGGAGUGAACUCGCCUUAUCAGCUUAUCUAUGAAGCCUCUACUGGCUGUCUGAGCUUUUCCCUCUCAACUGGAAAGGAAGGCAAGAAGAAAACAGGCAAAAUGAAAAAUUUUGAAGAGAUAACUUCAUCACCCUCUCAACGAGAAACAGGAACUGCCUCUGACAACGUGGAGAUCAGUGACCCCUGUCCUGAGGCCCGGGAGAAGCUGCAAGAGAUGUGUCGUCAUAUAGAAGCCGAAAGGGCCUCGUGGAAAGGGAAGAAUGUCUUCUGCCCCAUGAUGUUACGCAACUACGGGGCAAAGAUGCCCAUUCCUUCGGGGUCAACCGUGAGCUCCUAUCACCCUCACCUUCAGGGUACUCAGACUCCCACUCCCACUCCUCACCAGUCUUCCGUCUCCCAUGCUCACUUCAUUCGGCAGUCUCAGGAGUGGAAAGGCAAGAAGAACAUCAAGUUGCAUUACACCUUCUGUGAUGGGUCUUCCUUCGUUUACUAUCCCUCCGGAAACAUUGCCAUGUGUCAGAUCCCCACGUGCUGCGGAGGGAGAACCAUCACCUUACUCUUUAAUGACACACCCAGCUUCUCCUUCCUGGCCCUGUUCAAUGCUGAAGGCCAGGGCUGCGUUCACUACAACCUAAAGUCCUGCUGCCCAUAUGUCUUGGUCUUGGAUGAGGAAGGCGGGACCACCAACGACUACAACGGCUAUGCAGUCCACAAGUGGAGCUGGGCUUCUAAGACAGAGACUUUGCUCUCCUUGGAAUAUAAGAUGAAUGAGCAAAUGAAGCUGACGGUGCUGGGGCAGGACUCCAUUCUAGUUACCUUUACCUCCAUGAAUGAGACAGUAACACUUACUAUAUCGGCCAAUAACUGUACUCACGGGGUAGGGCACGAUAAAAAGAUGACCCACAAGAUCAUCAGCAUGGACGACAAGUUGUCUAAGAUGAGCCGAGCCCUGGCAGCGAUCAAGAGGCGGUUUCAGAAGACAGUGUCUCAGUUCAUGAAUUCUGUCUUACUGGCAGCAGGACUGCUCAUCAUAGAAUAUCCAUCAAGGGUCAUGGGAGAACUAAGUCGAACCAAAAUGAGAUCCUGGGCCUUUUCCGAGCGGGGCGCCAAGCUAAAUCUAUAUUCAGAAGGCCCUGCAACACGUUAUCAGUCAGCCCCACCUGAAUCCUCGGCUGUACAGUCUCCGAAGGAAGAGCCUAGGUCUGCUCCGAUAAGCCCCGCUCCGAAGAAGAUCAUCCAAAUCCACGCCAAAGCCCUGGCUACACUCAGGGGGAGGGCCGCAGAGAUGCGCAGCCACACCAGGAGGGCUGCCUCACCCUCUGACUGCCCACUGGUGCUGCGGAAGCUCAUUUGUAAGGAAGACAUCCGCGCUGGCUGCAAGUGCAUAGUGAAGCCACCCCUGGUAUCUGAUGUGGAGCUGGAACGUUUCCUGUCGGUGCCCCGUGACCCCAGCCAGGUGCUGGUGUUCGGAAUUGUGUCAAGCCACAUUCCUACCAGCUCAGGACAGCUCCAGUGGCUGCUCAACACACUCUACUGUCACCGGCAGCAGGGCCGUGGCUCACCCUGCAUCCAGUGCCAGCAUGACCCCUACCGCCUACUGCGAUAUGAUCUCAACAGCCCACUGCAGAAGGACCCACCCCUGCUGGUGAAGAAGUAUGCUGUGAUGCAGGGGAUGGUUCUGCAGAUGUUCGCUGGGGGGAAGCUCCUGUUUGGGGGCUGUGUUUUGAAUGGAUACGGCUUCAGCAAGCAGAAUCUGCUGAAACAGAUCUCCCAGGCUCGGCAGGACUGCAAGAUGGGCUACUUCAUGCCAGAGAACUACAAGUUUAGCAGCGUUUUACCCUCCUUCCUGAGCCUGGAUGACACUGACUCAGACAAGAGAACAAUUUUGGAAGACUUCCAAGGAAGCAUCUCCUCGUUGACCGUAGGGGACAAGAUGGAGGACUAUUUCCCUGAACAUGAGAAGAAGAUGAAUCUGCAUCCUCUCAUCCAAGGCAGGAGGGACAGUAAGAAGAUGAACUCUUGGAAGAAACCGGCCUCCAAGAAGUGAUGCAGGCCCCUUGACCGCCAGAGUGCCAGGCCUGGAGGAGGCUCCUCCCUUGCCCACCUGCUCUGCCUCCCCCACCCCCACCCCCACCCCCUUUCUCUGAGCCUCUAUGUAAUAAACAAGCAUGCCUCCAGCAUCUGGAUGAGGCCAUGGGCUAGGCUGGCUCUACAAGGCCAGAGGCCCCCAGCAGCUCAGUUCUAGGUCCAGUCCUUGGAAACGAGGGUGCUCUGACCAAGAGCUGCUUCUGUGACCAGUGAAGCAGCCUGGAUUCUCCCGCUCCCAAGGAAACAAACCUGACCGGGGGGCCAAGCCAAAUGAGACGUUACCAUGGGAGGUCUGGGAUGGGACUAAACUGUGCCCUCCUCCCCUUCACUGGUUGGGAAUGGCUCAGGUUCUGGCCCAAGUGGAAAACAGGGUUGUGAGAGAAGAGGGAGAGGGAAGACAGGAAGAAAAAUGCAGAACAGAGGGAGACCAAACUAAGGGAGAGACAGGAGAGAGAUGAUAAGAAGGGAGAGCCCAGGAGGGAGUGUUGCGGGAGAGGGAGCUGAAGGGGAGGUGGGAGGGAAGAGGAAAUGAGGGAGGAAGGAGAAUAAAAGGCAGGAGGAAAAAGAGGGAGAGGGCCCUGGAGUAGGACAGAAGAGGCAGUGACAGGCCACAUCCAGGAACCCUUUGGUGGCACCUGGAAAGCCAGAGCCCCUGUGGCCCAUUUAGCCCACCCUCAUGACCCAAGCUAACAGGCCUGAAGAAGACUUACCAGCAUCAAUGUCCCAGAGAUGGCAGCCCAUGGGUGUGCUGAUGCCUCCCUGGUGGCACCUGAGAGGCACAGACAGCACACCUGCUCUGGCCCCCUGCUUGUCUGUGGCUCUUCCCAGGAGCAGGGUGAGGACCCCGGAGGGUCUGCCUUCGUCUCCAGGCCUGGAAGAGAGACUUCAGGCCCUGAGCUGUGGGUGGUGUUCAGUGACAUGCUCUAUACUUGAUUACUUGUGCUCCCUUUGUAAUAGAUGCUUUUUAAAUCUGAAUUUUUAAUUGUUUAAAAUUUAUCUUUAUCGUUGAAAGUGUUAUAGAUGUCCCCCCCCCCCAUUAACCCUCUCCGCUCCACACCUGCCCCCAUCAUUUGUAUCAUUGAAAGGCUUUUUUUUUUUUUUUUGAUUAUACAUUUGUCCCCUGGUAAUGGAUUUGAAAUGACGUACUAUGUUCUUAAGCCUGAUAUUUAGGGGUCCUGGGCGUCUUACCACUCUCCCGUCCUCCCCUUCUGAGCACAAGGACACAUAGAAUUAGAAGGAAGGGGAAGCAAGGUCCACCUCUGUCUAGUCAGCCUGUGCAUACUGGAUUUGCAUGUAUAUGCUGCCUCCGAGGUCUGGGAAACCCAGGGAGAGACCUGACAGAAGCAGACACAAAUCUUCUCUGAAGAUGUUUACUCUCAACCCAGACCUCAUAGGAUUCCCACAGAGAGAACCCAGUUGAAUAUUAGCUCACAAUCCAGAAUUUAAAAAGGCACAUCAAAGUGAAUGAAAACAGAUAUCAAAUAUUAAAUUAGACAUGCAAGACUUUGGAUAUUGGAAUUGUCAGGCACAAUGUAAAGUGAAUGUUUUCAGUGUUUAAAUAAACAGAAGGAUCUGAAAACAUAAGCAAGGAACAAGAUGUUAUCAAGCAAGAAAGAUAU